AUGACGACUGCUUUUGCCACCGAGGCAGCAAAACGGUUGCGUGGUCAGACAACAGAGGCACCAUUAUCCGACAAAUGGAUGAUUCAGGAAAAUCACUCUUUUAGCGUUUGUGAGCAGGGAAGAUUACGGAAAAUAUUCGAAUAUCUCAACCCUCUUGUGAAGAUAACCGACGCGAACAUCGCGAGGCCGACUAUUCGCUGCAAGGUAAUCUCGGCCUACGAGACACAUAAGAGUAAGGUUGCGGAGGCUUUGCGGCAGUCCUCUGGCCAGAUUCAUGUCUCGUUUGAUGGGUAG